AAACCCUUUCAUGUAGUAGUAAACCAAACCCAUUUCAGAGUUCGUUAUCUUCUAUAACAUUCUAUAUAGCUUCUUUACAUUUAACUUUGCUUUGACUUGCUACUUUAAGCUACAUUACACAGCAUGGCUGCACCCCGGUCAUGUUAUUGUUACCUACUUGCUCUGCUUCUUCUUAUGUCAGCUUUUGUAUCAGAAAGCAGAGUUGCAAGGAAAGACUUGGGUUUGGACCUUGGUGGAUUGGGGAUUGGAGUUGGAGCAGGAUUAGGCUUGGGUUUAGGGGGUGGAAGUGGCUCAGGAGCUGGUGCUGGAGCAGGGUCCGGUUCGGGUUCUAGCUCUAGCUCUUCCUCAAGUUCAUCAUCUUCGUCUUCAAGUUCUGGGUCUGGGUCUGAUGCAGGCUCGGAAGCAGGUUCAUAUGCAGGCUCUCGGGCUGGAUCAGGCAGUAGAGGAAGAGGAGGUGGCCGUGGCGGCGGUGGAGGUGGAGGAGGUGGCGGUGGAGGAGGUGGAGGUCGCGGCUCUGGCUCUGGCUCUGGUUAUGGUGAAGGCUAUGGUCAUGGUGGGGGUUAUGGUGAAGGUGGAGGUGAUUAGGAAAUGCAUGCAAUGCAGGACUAUAUAAUAUGGUUGACUCAAAUAAAAGAAAAUGUUGGGAAUGUUUUAUGUAAUAAAUUAAUAAGUAGUGUAUCGUCUGUACCAAAUCAAUAAGCAUGUUACAUGUAAUAACAAAGCAAUAAGCAUGUAAGAUGGUUGAUUCCAUCAUGUAUGUUUCAGUCAAGAAAAAUUAGAUGUAUUUCUGUUGUUUUUUGUUACAAGAUGUAUUUCUGUUUGAAUCACUUUACUAUUUUAAUAAAGUUUUAUGAUUAUGAAA